GGAGAGGAGAGAAAUGACCGCACAGUCUGGAGCAGCGGAGCAGUGAAACAACACAAAUGCGGAUAAAGGAAAAACAAACGCAGGGCAGUAUUUGGGGAAAGAAGGGACCGGGUGGUGUUCACUCACAGCGGGAUAGAUUUCGGGCAGAAUAAGAAACACGGACUGAUUUAAUGUACCGUUAAGUGGUCGCCAGCACUGCUCCUGUGGAAAAAUGAGCUCCUCUCCUGUCAUGUCUCGAGUGUCUGUCGACAUACUGGAAGAGCUGCAGCUCUUCGCUGCUCAGAACCUGGAGAAGCUCGAAGUUAACAAGUACUAUGAGGUGAUUCGAGAGCUGGGCAAAGGCACCUAUGGCAAGGUGGACCUGGUCAUUCAUAAGAUCAGAGGUACCAAGAUGGCACUAAAAUUCCUCAAGAAGAAAACCACUAAGCUAAAGAGUUUUUUGAGAGAGUACAGCAUCUCACUGUACCUCUCCCCAUGCCCCUUUAUAAUCAACAUGUUCGGUAUUGCAUUUGAGACUGAGGAGUACUACGUGUUUGCACAGGAGUAUGCCUUAGCAGGGGAUCUCUUUGACAUCAUUCCUCCACAGGUUGGACUUCCAGAGCCUGUGGCCAAGCGUUGCGUCCACCAAGUGGCCCUUGCCUUGGACUACCUGCACUGUAAGAAGCUAGUGCACCGCGACAUCAAGCCAGAGAAUGUGCUGCUCUUUGACAGGGAGUGCCGCAGGGUGAAGCUCUCUGAUUUUGGCAUGGCACGGUGCGCCGGCUCUGUGGUGAAGCGCGUCAGUGGCACUAUCCCUUACACAGCUCCCGAGUUGAGUGAUGCCUCCCAGCGUGAUGGCAUCUGUGUGGACUACAGCACAGAUGUGUGGGCACUGGGUGUGCUUCUUUUCUGCAUGCUUACCGGCAACUUCCCCUGGGAGAAGGCUGUUCCCUCGGAUACAUUCUAUGACGAGUUUGCCCGCUGGCAGCGGAGGCCAACAGGCACGGUUCCCUCGCAGUGGCGACGUUUCAGCGACGAGGUGUUAAUCAUGUUCCGCAAACUGCUGGCCCUGGAGAGGGAGCGCCGCUGCUCCGUCAAGGAGGUGUUCACCCAUUUUGGCCAACGCUGGAUGCUGGAUGGAGAAGCAGGAAGAGUUGGGGGAGGAGGACACCACCAGGUAGCACACAGCUCUUCUUCUUCAGAGGAGGAGCUGCUGGUGGACCGGAUGAAACAGCAGACCCUAUCACCGGGCAAGAGCGGGCCAGCGGAAGCAGGAAUAGCUGCUCAUCACUUCAGCUCAGUGUCCACCAACAGCUCAGUGUCAUCCACAACCAGCUAUGAGCGCAUGCCCAGAGACAGCGCCACCAGCAGCCGCAUCCUCGUCACAACACCGAUCGAGAUCUGUGUGUAGAGCUCACCACUGUACAUAAACAAAAACACGGCUUCCUUACCUAAUAAUACAUUUUCUCACACCUUCGUAAAAGAUCAAUUACAUAAGUAACCCAUCUUUCAAGGGUAUUAUAACACUGCUGAGUGUGAAUGAAGCAAAAAAAAAUUAGAUACACCCUCUCAUUUAUUGAGCUGUGUUUGUGAUUAUUGUAUUUCUUUUUUGUCUCCAAUGAGGACACAUUGCACUUUUUUGGGAAAGAUUGUCCUCAGUGGAAUUCCUUUAAGAAAGGAAGUGCACAGAAGCUGCAGAAUAGACUAAUACAACAGAUGCACCAUAAAAGCAGAUCACAAAUUAAAAAAAAAAAAAAAAGGCUACACAAUGUAAUUGAGCACUGAUACCGCAGAUCUAGAGUAAUGAUUAGGGCUAGACCAAAACAUAUUCCUUAAAGCAAUAUAUGAUGCAAAAAAGUAAAAUGGAUAUGGACUGGGAGAACAGUUGAUCCAUCUUUUGGUGGAACUGGUGACAUGAAAUGUUUCUAAAACCUAUAUUUGAUGUCAAGGAAAUCUUUCAAACCACACUAGGGAGGAAAACGGAUGUUGCUUAAAGCGUGUGUGCUCCUGUAUGAGUGUUUGUGUAUUUUGUAGUGAAGACAUUUAGUUAUUUCAAUUUUUUUUUCAAUUGUUUGAACUCUAUAUUCAGAAGUAUAUUUUUACAGUUGAUUUGUAGGUAAUUUAAUGGUUUGGAUUUAAUUUAUUUUGGUACUCUGUUGAAGCAAUUGUUCCAAGCCCAGCUGGCAUUGUGCAGCCUCACUGCGACGUCUACGACUGUUUAUUCCCGACAGCUUUAAAACAGGAGAGAGAAGUGGCACUGAGGUUGGCUGCUUAUUGUACUUGACUCAAAAGUGACAAGUGGAACAGAUCUCAUGCCAGUGAGAGAAUGCAGAGCCUAAAGCCAGCUGUCAAUUUCAUCAGCCCCCCCCCGUAUUUUAGAAGGAUAAAACUAUGAUGGCACAGUAGUUAAGCUUCUGUGUCUGUACUGAAGGUUAUGAGUUCAAAUCCUGAAGUUAGCCACUAUUGGCCCAUUAACCCUCAACUGCUCAUACUUGACUGGAUUGUGCCUCAUUUGCCAAACAAGUAAAUGUAAAUAUAACAACCACUGUUUUCAUGCACACUGCACAUCUGGUAUUAUACUUUCUGGAGUGAAUUACCUGAUUUAAUUACACAGGUUUUACAAGGCUGAUAUGUUACAGUUACGGAUAAGGGGACUUUGUUUUGUUUUUUAACCUCAAAACCUACUGACUCACAUGUUUAAUUGAUUGUGACCAGGUUCGAGAUCCGUUACCGGAUCAGUAGGUUGUACUUCGCCGACCAGCCCUAGAUGUCAAACCAACAUAUCGAGUACAAGACUUACAGGUACAUAGGAAGUAUUUUUGCUGCUUCUCUAUUGUUUAUUUCUAUUGUUUUCUUUACAAAAUGUUACAUAUAUUUUUUGUAUAUU